AUGAACGUCGCUCCCCAUGGCAUGAUCCGGACCGAGUUUCAAAAUAUAGAGAGGGCAGCGGCAAGCGAAAUAUUUCAAAAUCAGCACUUGCGGGCCAUUUCACAGGCAGGAGCCAUGACGCGAACUAUUCUAGGUUUGGAGAAGGCGGGAAAGGAUCUAACCACGUAUCUCGAGGGACUCGCACUCCAAAUCGAAGACCAUUUGGACCAUCUCACCAGGAUUGAAGAACCCUUGCGACGACUUUUCAUUGCCGAAACACUGAAGAUACAAACCAGUUCAAUUGUCCAAUCUGCUCAAGACAAACGAGACACUCAAGAAGUCGCAUUAUCGAGCCAAGUAUCGAACUUUCGCAAACUAAGAAGGAAAACUAUUCUAGCCAAAUUAUGGGAUGACUGGGAAGACAUCCAGGGAGAACUUGUAUGCCUGGCGGCAGAAGUGUUUGGCCAGGAGAACAUUACCAUUGUGGAAGCUGAAGAUGAGGACAUGAAAACUGGCCAGAAAGAAAGGCUUGAUAAUGUGUUCAAGUCCGCUCAGAGAACUUGCCAGGAAGAAAAUAAUGCCCACCGAACUCUGGAACGAGAUCUCGACCGCUUUGGGGGGGAUAUGGGCGAAGAAGACAAUGGAUGA